AAAAGUGUCACUGUUGCGAAACUGCAAGUUCGGUCAUUCCGAACGUCCGGGAGUUUAAAGAAAUAAAAACUUGUCGAAAAAUUCCGCUUCUUCCGUGAUUAUUCAUUAUUUCUCAGUGAAUUUCAGUGAAUAAAAAGAACUUUUUUUUCUUCUUUAUUCCUUAACGAAUUCAGCGAUUUAUUGGGAUUAAAUAUCUCUGAAAAAUCGGCCACCAUGCCUGGCGAUUCGACGUACUGUUUCAAGGGCACUGACGAUUUUUAUAUCGAAAAUGGUAUACUGAAAGGUCACGAAUCAGCCUACUUGGGGAAGCACACGAGUUACGGAGAGUUCAUCCUGGAACGUCUGAAAAGUCGACCGGACUUCGUUGGUCAAGUCAAUGCUCUCACUGAUGAGGAAGAAACUUUCGCGACGAUGCUCGAAAAGAGUGUCAAAUGUGCAAUGUGGCUGAAAAAACAAAAUGUCAAUCCUGGCGACAUUGUGGGAGUUUGCACUCACAAUCAGAUGGACAUGUACGUCCCUUGCUUCGCUGCUUUAUUUAUCGGGGCCGUUUUCAAUCCGUGGUGGGACGUCGGGCUCGCGCACGACAUAACGAAACAUUUCUUGAAUCUAACGACCCCAAAGGUCGUCUUCGUUAACGAAGAUUCAGCAGCAAAGACGUCGGAAGUGGCGAAGGAAAUAGGAGUAGAAAGCAAGGUCGUCGUGCUCGGAAAUUUGCCGGGUUUUCUAUCACUGAAUGAGAUUUUAGCGUCCCAGGACGGAAAACUCGUUGCUGAAUUCCAAUGUACAAAAUUGUCGAGCGUCGAUGAUCCUGCCAUGAUCGUUUACACAUCCGGCACCACCGGGCUGCCCAAAGGUGCACUCCAUUCGCACAGAUCGCUCUUCGGAAACUUGAAUAUCGCGAGAGCACUCGGUGCCAGUCAGAGCAUCGCGACGACCAUGAUUUUCUCAUCACUUUCAUGGAUUUCCGGAGUCCUUUUGAUGUUUCGAGGUAUUUCGGCGGUGGAGCGGCGAAUCAUUUAUCCGGAUUUCGAUGAGGAAAAAACUUUUCAAUUAAUCGAAAAAUAUCGGGUGAAUUGGAUGCUGAUGGGAACGAGCAUGGCAUUCAGACUGCAAAAGUCUCCAGCGAUAGUAAAGUACGAUUCGUCUUCGUUGAAAUUUAUUUACAUCGGGGGUGCUGUUUGCAAGGAUGAAAUCCAAAAAGCAAUGGCAAGAUCUUUUCCGCACACCAAUAUUCUCCAGGCUUACGGUGCCACCGAGCUGGGAGGAGCGAGUCUCCAACAGUCUCCAGACUUCAAGCCAAGCUCUUGCGGUAGGCUCGUUAAAAAUUUGAGUAUGAAGGUAAUUGAUCCCGAGAGCGGAAGAAUAUUAGGGCCGAACGAGACCGGCGAAGCGUGUUUCAAAUCACCUUUCAUGCUGACGUGCUACUAUCGGAAUCCCGAGGGCACCAAAAAAACCGUCGACUCCGAAGGCUGGCUCCACUCCGGCGAUCUCGUACACUACGACGAAGAAGGACACAUUUUUGUGACCGACAGAAUAAAGGAGAUGAUCAAAUACAGAGGGAACCAUGUUUCGCCGGCUAUGAUCGAACAAGUGCUCCAAACGCAUCCGGGAGUCAAAGAGAGUGCGGUUCUUGGCAUACCGCACGAUUCGGACGAAGAGCAUGCGAUCGCUUUCGUUGUGAAGACGGCUGAUUCCAAAGCCACAAAAGAUGAAUUACAGAAAAUGGUAGCUGACGCACUUCCAGAUUACAUGAAACUCCGAGGCGGUAUUAUGUUCCUUGACGAAUUGCCACACACCUCAUCCGGCAAAGUUGGCAGAACUCAACUACGAAAAUUGGCGCUCUCUUACAUAAAUAUUGAAAAACUCGAAAAAAACAUGUCAUCGAACUCGACGUACUGUUGCAAGGUCUCGGACGAUAUCGUCAUUGAAAAUGGCAUUAUAAAAGGUGUGGAAAAAUCGUACAACAUUGAUCACCACAGUUUUGGAGAAAUGAUUUUGGAGCGGUUGAAAGCGAGGCCAACAUUCGUCGGACAGGUGGAUGGAGUGACAGGUAGAGAAGAGACCUUCGAGGAAAUGAUGAAAAAGAGCGUAAAGUGCGCGUUGUGGAUGAGACAACAAAAUAUCAAGGCCGGUGAUAUAGUUGGAAUUUGCACUCACAAUCAAAUGGAUAUGUACAUACCGUGUUUUGCUUCUUUGUUUAUUGGUGCCGUGUAUAAUCCGUGGUGGGACGUCGGAUUGACGAAAGAAGUGACGAAGCAUUUUGUCGAGUUGAUGAAGCCGAAAAUGCUCUUUCUUACGAACGAGACGGUCGAGCUAGUCCUUGAAGUAAUCGAGGAAAUUGGGGCAAAAAUCUCGAUCGUUAUCUUCGGAGAAAACUCGAAAUAUCUCGCCUUGAACUCCGUUCUCAAAUCACAAGAUCCCAACAAAGUCUCUGAUUUUCGUUGCACGAAAUUAUCUAGUCUAAAAGAGCCGGCUAUGGUUCUUUACACGUCGGGAAGCACUGGAUUACCCAAAGGCGUUGUUUACUCAAACGAAUCCCUCUUCACUAACAUGUAUCAAUAUGCCGAAUUGAACAAGAUCGACAUAUUAUCUACGACACUUUUAUUUUCACCACUUUCCUGGGUCACUGGUGCUUACACCAUGCUUCGCGGAAUCAUCGUUCCCGAUCGGAGGAUCAUUCAUCCAGAAUACACGCCACAAAUAUGCUUGGAACUCAUUGAAAAGUACAAAAUCAAUUGGCUUCUUCUCGGACCAAGUGCAGCCGUUGCACUCGACAAAUGUUCCACAAUAUCAAAGUACAAUGUAUCGUCUUUGAAGGUUUUUUUCAUCGGAGGUUCAGUCAUCAGAAAAGAAACUCAAAUGUCUCUGAUGGAGUCGUUUCCUAACGCUGUCAUCUUCCAAGGCUACGGAUCCACAGAAUUAGGAGGCGCAGGAGUAGCACAAAAAAAAGGAUUCAAAAUGGGUUCCAUCGGGAGAGUAAUGGAAAACAAACAGCUGAAAGUCAUUGAUCCCGAAACCGGAAGAAUCUUGAAUCCAAACGAGACGGGCGAGGCUUGUUUCAAGACCAAAUUCAUGAUGCUAGGUUACUACAAAAAUCCUGAGGCGACGAAAGAAACUAUCGAUUCCGAAGGCUGGCUUCACACCGGUGAUCUCGUUUAUUACGACGAAGAUGGUGACAUUUUUUUCGUCGAUCGUUUGAAAGAGCUGAUUAAGUUCAGAGGCCUCCACGUUUCGCCGACUAUGAUUGAGAAUGUGUUGGGCCAACAUCCAGCAAUCAAAGAAGCCGCCGUCGUUUCGAUUCUUCACGGCGCUGAUGGAGAACAUCCGAUUGCAUUCGUCGAGAAAAAAGCCGGAUUUCAAAUUACUGAGGAUGAAAUUCAGAAAAUGGUCGCUGACGUUCUUCCGGAUUACAUGAAACUCCGAGGUGGGGUCAAGUUCUUGGACAAAAUGCCUCAUACGUCAUCGGGAAAAAUAGCUCGAAGAGAACUCAAAAUAUUGGCGAAUAGUUAUAUCCAACAGGAAGUUUUCCAAAAAACCUGCAUUCUGGUCUACCAGGAGCGAAGAAUCUUUCGUGGCGAAUUCAUUUCGUCUUCCGUAAGUCAGCAGACAAUCAAAAUGGCGAACAGUAUGGAAGACUCAACAUUUAAUUGCACGAUUUCAGAGGAAAUUGUCAUCAGGAAUGGGAUCAUGGAAGCAAAAGAAAAGAUGCAGGAAUUCGGUCAUGAAGCCUUUGGUGAAAUGAUUUUGAGUCGCAUGAGAACGAAACCAACGUUUGUCGGACAGGUGGAUGGAGUUACCGGCAGAGAAGAGACCUUCGCGGAGAUGAUGGAAAAGAGCGUAAAGUGCGCGUUGUGGAUGAGACAACAAAAUAUCAAGCCUGGCGAUGUAGUUGGAAUUUGCACUCACAAUCAAAUGGAUAUGUACAUACCGUGUUUUGCUUCUUUGUUUAUUGGUGCCGUGUAUAAUCCGUGGUGGGACGUCGGAUUGACGAAAGAUUUAGCAAAGUACUUCAUCGAACUGACGGACCCUAAAGUACUAUUCCUGACGGACGUAACUGCUGAGAUCGUUCUCAAAGUGAUGGAGGAAACGGGCACUAAAAUCCCAGUUGUUAUCUUCGGAGGGACCUCGAAUGAUGUCUCGCUGAAGUCGAUUCUUGAUUCUCAAGAUACAAAUGAAGUGGCAAACUUUCGUUGCACUAAAUUAUCUAGCCCAGAAGAAGCAGCUAUUAUCCUCUACACUUCGGGAAGCACUGAAUUACCGAAAGGUGUUGUCAUUUCAAAUAAUUCUCUGUUCACGAAUAUCCAUCUAUUUUCAAAAUUGAAUGACCUCGAGAGUGCAGUGACACUUCUCUUUUCGCCACUCUCCUGGGUCUCCGGUGCUUGGAGCAUGCUUCACGGAAUUGUUGUUCCCAAUCGAAAAAUUAUUCACCCGGAAUACACGCCAGAGAAGUGCUUCGAACUCAUCGAAAAGUACAAAGUCAGUUGGCUAUUUCUUGGUCCUACUGCAGCUAUUGCACUAGAAAAAAAUUGCGCAGUAUUGAAAUACGACACAUCUUCUGUGAAAUUUAUGUUGAUCGGUGGUUCAGUCAUCGCGAAGGAAAAACAAAUGUCUCUGGCCAAAAUGUUCCCCCGAGCUUUCAUCUGCCAAGCCUACGGUUCCACUGAAGCGGGCGGAAUAAUAGUGGCACAAAAGAGAAAUGCUAAGAUUGGUUCCAUUGGAAGAUUGAUCGGGAACACGCAACUGAAAGUAAUCGAUCCUGAAACCGGAAGAAUUUUGAAUCCAAACGAGACGGGGGAAGCUUGUUUCAAGAAUACGUACAUGAUGAAAGGUUACUAUAGAAAUCCCGAAACAACGAGAGAAACGAUCGAUACCGAAGGCUGGCUUCACUCUGGCGAUCUCCUUUAUUACGACGAGGAAGGCAACCUUUUUUUUGUCGAUCGUUUGAAAGAGCUCAUCAAAUUCAGAGGUAAUCACGUAUCUCCCACUAUGAUCGAACAUGUUUUGAACCAACACCCGGCCAUUAAAGAAGCGGCUGUUGUUUCGAUUAUGCACGAAGCGGAUGGAGAACAUCCGAUCGCAUUCGUCGAGAUAAAAUCUGGAUUUCAAAUUACCGCGAAGGAAAUUGAGAAAAUGGUGUCCGACGCGCUUCCGGAUCACAUGAAGCUUCGAGGUGGCGUUAAAUUUUUGAACAAAAUGCCUCAUACAACUACAGAAAAAAUCUCUCGAAAGGAACUCAAAAAAUUGACGAAGGCUCGCAUCCAAUGAUCCGCGUUUCCUUAGCAUACCUGAUCGAGAUCUGGCACGAGAUCGACGAUUGGGGGAUACCUUGACCUACAUUCGUCCAGCAUUAGCUCUAUAAAACUGCAUCAUUUAACUGGAUAAUUGAUGAUUAUCGUGACGAAUGAGAUUUUCGAAUUGUUGUGAAAGAUAAAUAAAAAUGGUGAUCGAAAUAA